AUCACUUCAUCACCACUACUACCAAAAACUCCCUUCGCCUAUAAAUAUUUCUCUGCUUUAAUUUCCAAUUUUCUCUAUUCAUUCACAAAAAACAAUCCUCUCUUCGUUUUUUUCUUUUGGAUCCAAAGCUCUUAAAUCUGUAAUCAACAAUGGCCGCCACCACCGAGAAUCUCCCUCAACUCAAAUCCGCCGUCGAUGGCCUUUCUGAGAUGAGUGAGAAUGAGAAGAGCGGAUUCAUCGGCCUCGUUUCACGUUACCUAAGCGGUGAGGCACAGCACAUUGAGUGGAGUAAGAUCCAGACACCUACUGAUGAAAUCGUUGUUCCCUACGAGAAAAUGGCUUCCGUCUCCCAAGAUGUUUCCGAGACCAAGAAUCUCUUGGACAAACUUGUUGUGUUAAAGCUUAAUGGAGGUCUUGGGACAACAAUGGGAUGCACUGGCCCCAAGUCGGUUAUCGAAGUUCGUGAUGGUUUGACAUUUCUUGAUCUGAUUGUUAUCCAGAUUGAGAAUCUCAACAACAAGUAUGGCUGCAAGGUUCCGUUGGUUCUCAUGAACUCAUUUAAUACACAUGAUGACACACAAAAGAUUGUGGAAAAGUACACCCACUCAAAUGUUGACAUUCACACAUUUAACCAGAGCAAAUAUCCCCGUAUUGUGGCAGAUGAGUUUGUGCCAUGGCCCAGCAAGGGAAAGACCGACAAGGAGGGCUGGUAUCCUCCUGGUCAUGGUGAUGUAUUCCCAGCCCUCAUGAACAGUGGAAAGCUCGAUACUUUCUUAUCACAGGGUAAGGAAUAUGUGUUUGUUGCCAAUUCAGACAACUUGGGUGCCAUCGUUGACUUAACAAUCCUGAAGCAUUUGAUCCAGAACAAGAACGAGUACUGCAUGGAAGUUACACCCAAAACCUUAGCUGAUGUAAAGGGAGGAACUCUCAUUUCUUAUGAAGGCAAAGUCCAGCUUCUGGAGAUUGCUCAGGUUCCUGAUGAACAUGUCAAUGAAUUCAAAUCAAUUGAGAAGUUCAAGAUAUUCAACACAAACAACUUAUGGGUUAACUUGAAGGCCAUCAAAAAGCUUGUGGAAGCUGAUGCACUUAAAAUGGAGAUCAUUCCAAACCCAAAGGAAGUUGAUGGAGUCAAAGUUCUUCAACUGGAAACUGCAGCUGGUGCUGCGAUAAGGUUCUUUGACAAUGCUAUCGGUGUUAAUGUACCUCGUUCACGGUUCUUGCCAGUGAAGGCAAGCUCGGACUUGCUGCUCGUCCAGUCUGAUCUCUACACGCUAGUUGAUGGCUUCGUUACCCGAAACAAAGCUAGAACUAACCCCUCAAACCCAUCAAUUGAAUUGGGACCUGAGUUCAAGAAGGUGGCUAAUUUCUUGAGCCGGUUUAAGUCCAUUCCUAGUAUAGUCGAGCUCGACAGCCUUAAGGUGUCUGGGGAUGUCUGGUUUGGCUCUUCGGUUGUUCUCAAGGGCAAGGUAACUGUGACUGCAAAAUCCGGUGUGAAGCUCGAAAUUCCGGACAGGGCCGUGGUCGACAACAAGAACAUCAAUGGUCCAGAAGACCUCUGAAUAAGACAAAUUCAAAGUCUUCCCUCUCUCGGGGAAGACACAUCUUGAUACUCUUUUAAUUGGUGUGAAAAGAUCACAGUGUCACAGCAAAGCAAGUUUAUGAAGAAUGAAUAAAUAAUGUUUCUUUUUGCAGCCUAGCAAAGUCUUUUCUUCUUUGGACUUUAUUUUAAUUUUGCUCGUUGAAUUUUCCCAAAACAUAACAUUUAAAAGUUCGAUUGUAUUUGGGUUCCAUCCGCAAUUAUUUUCCUUUUGAUAAUCCACUCUUUCUUUCCGCAA